AUGGCCACGAGCAAGUACCGCAAGCGCAGCCGUGCGCCUGCGCCCGGCCAGUGCGCCUGCUGCAGCAUUGCGGAGACGCCGGAGUGGCGCCGGGGUCCUGAUGGAGCGCGCACCGUGUGCAACGCAUGCGGUCUGCACUUCGCGAAGCUCGCAAAGAAGCGGCAGCAG